AUGCCCAGACUAGGUUGGGGUACGGGCAAGGAUGACGAUCGAGGUCGGUCGGCUCCCAUGCAAGGGGUCGAGUAUGAACGACCUAUGGAUCCGGGUCCGUUUCAGGUUCCUAACAAACGCCAACACGUAGAAGACCCUACAGGCCAGACAUCUUAUAUCCCCAACCCCUUCUCAUCUUCCCGGCCUAAUCACCUCGCACCCGGUCCGUUACUCUUCUCCUCCGCCGCACCGCCUUCAUCAUCUUCAGCUGGGUUUUCCCGGUGGUCAGCUCAAAAUAACGACAACAAACACAAUAACUCGUCUCAGGGUGGCGCAGAGACUGUGGAUGUGGAUAUGAACGCUGGGGACGAAAACGUCGACCCGAACUCAGACUCAAACGUGGGAAGGAAGGGGCAAACGCAGGUGGAAUUGGAGGAUGUGGAGAUGUACAGCGAUUCUCCACUCAAGUCCAAGGUUCAGCCAUGCAACUCAGGAUCUCCGGAGGGCGGUCCGAAUACCGAUUCGACUUCAUCCGCAGCUUCAGCUCCGGCCUCGGUGCUCAGGCCCAUCUCACUGAACGGGAGCGAAACAUCCACCCAACCCCCGACCCCGACAAUCACCCGCCGCCGCCUCCAAUCUCGACGACACCAGAAUCAAAACCAGAAGUCCGGAUUAUCCGCUUCACAUCUCCCCACCUCCCCGGACUCUCAAUCUCAGCCGAUCAACCAGUAUACGUUGAAUAUGUACCAUGCGCCUGGACAGUCCAUGGGUAUGGGCAUGGGCAUGGGGAUGAACGGGCCGGGUGGGGAGGCAAGAGGAAAGAGUUGGGUGGACGCCGAGUUGCCUUAUGUCUUUAUCGGAUACGUGCAAUUCGUAUUCAACGCCUCGUUGACGCUCAUGAUCCUCACCGCGCUCUUCUGGUUCUUGUGGACGAUCUGGGGGGAUGUGAAAGACCUUCGAGGGGUUUAUUCUACCGAGAUCUUGCAAGAGAUUAGUACGUGUACGAACAUGUACCUCGUCAAUCGGUGUGAACCUUCUACGAGGAUCCCAGCCAUGGAAUCGGCCUGUCAAGAAUGGGAACACUGUAUGAACCGCGAUCCGUCGGUCGUUAGCUUUACCAAGGUCGGAGCCGAGGUCGUCGCGGGUGUCGUCGGGGGGUUCGUAGAUGCGUUGAGUUGGAGGAGUCUGAUGGCGUUGUUCGGGCUGUUCCCGCUCAUGAUCAUCCUGACCAACUCUACCCUCCUGAACGUACGGAAGAAACACCAACCACCUGCAGGAUCUGGAUAUCCUCAUCCUCACCAGCAUCACCCGCAACAGACUGGACCUUCAGGGUAUGCUCCGAUAGGACAAGCUCAACAGUUACAUCCGGGUUAUGUACCCCAGCAGGCGCAGUUUCAUUGGCCACCGCCUGUUAUGGGUCCGGCGCCGGGACAGGGGCAGGGGAAAGCAUGUUUCACUGUCCCUCUUGUAUCCAUCACUAUACACAUGUUACUUUCCCCUUCUGUCGACUGCGAACAAGAGACGAUCGAUCGAAUGUCCAAUGCCCCCCAUCGAGAACCUUCUCGCUAG